AUGGCUGAUAUUGAGACCCAUGCCCGCCAUAGCCUGGACCAGGGGGCCCACGCAACUAUAGAGAAGUCGGCCUCACAGGUAAUAGCAAGGGAGGAACAAGAUGACACUUUCGACGAGAAAUAUCCAGAGGGAGGCCUUCAAGCCUGGCUUGUGGUCCUGGGAUCAUGGUGUGCAAUGGUUCCGUCAAUGGGAUUGCUGAACACCAUAUCAGUCCUACAUGCGUGGACAUCUACCCACCAGCUCUCAGAAUAUUCUGAAUCUAGUGUUGGAUGGAUUUUUGGCGUCUUCAGCUUCUUCCUAUAUUUUGCAGGCGCCCAGGUCGCGGCUGAUUUGACGACGCCGACAGGUCCGAUAUUUGACAGCCACGGACCGCUGCCGGUUGUAAUUCCGGGGUCAAUUGGACUGGUGGUCGCGGUAUUCUGCUUCAGUGCGAGCACAGAAUACUACCAAAUUAUGCUCUCUUUUAGUGUUCUAGGCGGCCUUUCAUCUUGCUGUCUCUUCACUCCUGCUAUCUCCGCCAUCGGGCACUGGUUCAAUGUUCGCCGUGGCAUUGCCACCGGAAUUGCCUGUACAGCUGGCGGACUCGGGGGCGUCUUCUUUCCCCUCAUCAUAUUGUAUGUCGCCCCGAAGCUAGGGUUCGCGUGGGCCAUGCGCAUCAUUGGAAUAAUCUGCUUUGUGCUAUGCGGCUUUGCAUGCCUUCUUCUGAAGACACGGCUCAAGCCCGACGCAAAGCGUGGCGUGGCGAUCGACCUUCGCGCCCUGCGAGAACCCAACUAUGCCCUCACCACGCUUGCAGUAUGGAUGGUCGAAUUUGCUGUAUUCGUACCUUAUACCUAUCUCUGCUCUUACGGUUUAUAUGCCAAUAUUGGAGAGUCACUCUCGUACAAACUGUGCAUCUUCCUCAAUGUCGGAGCCAUCCCCGGACGCGCAUUCCCGGGACUUCUCGCCGAUAGACUCGGACGGUUCAACGUGAUGGCCUUCACUGCAUUAGUUUGUGCUAUUAUGACACUUGCAUUGUGGUAUAAUGCUGGCACGAACGAUGCUGCCAUUAUCGCGUACUCGGUUAUGUUCGGUUUCUGGAGUGGCGCGGCUAUCAGCUUGACACCCGUUUGUAUCGCACAGGUAUGUCGGACUGAGGACAUCGGCAAGCGAAACGGAACGACGUUCACUCUGGUGAGCUUUGGGACCCUGACUGCAAUUCCUAUUGCGGGAGCGAUACAAGAAAGGGAUGGGGGUGCUUUCUGGGGACUGAUACUUUUCGGUGGGAUCCUGUAUCUUGCGGCGUGUGCUGCAUUCGUGGUUGCGCGGGGCGUUGCUGGUGGAUGGAGGCUGAGAACCAAAUUUUAG